AGAGGAGGACAGAGCGUCACAUCUCUCCAAACGCCCAUCAAACUUUCACCACAGCCUGUAGAGAGGACCCAGUCCUCUGAAAGGCCUGUUAGAGACAUCAAGGACACGCUGGAGUCUGGACAGACCGCUCCAUAACGAUGGAGACACUACUGGCGAUGACUUAUGGUACAGUUUGACCCUGCUGUGAAUCCCCCUGAAAACAUCUUGUUCAGUGUUUUUCGUCCUUUUUGCGACAGAGCGACGGGACAUGGAGCAAGCACCCAGCGCGCCGAGCCCUCCUCCCAAACCGGUCCAUCACGAGCCCAUCAGCUUCGGCAUCGACCAAAUCCUUGGAGGCGGUACAGAGCCAGAAAAUGGGCGCACGGCUGGAAGGCAAAGUGGAUCCGAUUUAAGCAACGGGGACGGUUAUUACAGUUUGGGAAGCCCGACCGGGGCCAGCGCCCCCUCAUACACCGCGCUGUCUAUAUCUCUUUCUGGUAUAAUGCCUCCGGUGGAGGCUUCAGGUUCAUACGGGGAAAGCAGGAGUCUGGGCAGCCGGGGAGUGAUUCGAGUCCCUGCCCACAGACCCAUGACAGCCCCGGGACCCCCAGCCUCCGUGCAGGGCACUGUCCCAGGGUUUGGAGGGUUGUGCUUCCCCUGGAUAGGAAACAGGCUCGCUAAGGACAGAAUAUCAGCCGCGCUGGUGCCGUUCGCCGUUACGCGGAGGAUAGGACACCCGUAUCAGAACCGGACACCUCCUAAAAGGAAAAAGCCCCGCACCUCCUUCUCCAGGGUUCAGAUCUGCGAACUGGAGAAGCGCUUCCACCGGCAGAAGUACCUGGCCAGCGCCGAGCGGGCAGCCCUAGCUAAGAGUCUGAAGAUGACAGAUGCACAGGUCAAAACCUGGUUUCAGAACCGCAGGACCAAGUGGAGGAGACAGACGGCCGAGGAGAGGGAGGCGGAGCGUCAACAGGCCAAUCGUCUCAUCCUGCAGCUGCAGCAGUCCGCCCUCCAGAAGUCGCUCGGCGAAUCAGCGGUGUCGGAUCCACUGUGCGCCCACAACUCCUCCCUUUACGCCUUGCAGAACCUCCAACCCUGGGCCGAGGACAGGGAAUAGAAACCAGCGGCUAAGGUGUAAUCAACAAGCACCAUCUAUUAUCCCUGGGAGGAUAAAUACAUUAAAUUAGGCCUACAUGAGGACAGUGGGACCUGCUCUGAUUCAUGCAACUUAGAAGAAAAAAAAAAUCCUGGACCACGAAAAGCUGCCACGGCCUUGUGGGCGGAUGUGUGUGAACCUGGACCUGAAACGAUGGUGAGUGACACUUGUCUUGAAGCAGAAACAGAACAUUCUUGGACAAAAUCUAACUGGGAACAGCGGGACUCAGCAAACAAAUUCAAAAAGCAGCCGAAACAGAACCUGUCAUUAAAAUGUCUCGUCACCUCGUGAUUGUCCUCAGCUGAUUCUCCACAGGGAGAUGCUGCAUAACAUGACUGGAUGUUUUGUGAAUGUGUUUUCUGUCAAUGCAGCUCUCUCCAGGCAGGUCACUACAUUUGUUAGACUUACUACACUUUAACUACACUUUAAAGGGUUGUUUGUCUUGUUUUUAAGGAAAGAUAAACACACACACACACACACCAUGCAAAUAAUGGCAAGGCCAACACCCCAAUAUUUAGGAACUUACAUAAAAUGUAAGUUUUAUAUUAAUCUCCUCAUGUGUUUUAUCAAAAUACAAAACAAACAACUUCACAAAAAAUAAAGAUAAAACUGAUUCAGGUGUUUAUUUUAUUUAUUUAGUUGUUCUGGUGCUUAAAACUUCUUCAAAUCUCAUUAAUACAUUCACCCACCUCAUCGCCCAUGCACUCCAGCCCAAGAUGAAUAAAUACACAGUGAUGCCCAAAAUGUUACAUUAUAAGAAAAAUGCUAUUGUGAGUAGUCACAAAAGGAAAUAGAUGUCACAAUUAACGGGCAGAAAAGUGAACAAUAUACGAAAGAGGCUGUAAGUUGGGUAAUAAAAGGGGGUGAUGCACGUUCAAUGAUGAUGGUGGCGUUUAUUCAUAUGCACAUUAUCAUGCUUUAUUUGUGGGCCGUGUCCUCUGGGAUGAAGGCAAAAAUGUACAACCCUUUUGUAUUUUUAUUGUAUAUGUGUAAAUAACAAUAUAAAGUGUUCGCGUGGCUCCUUUUGCU